AUAUAUAUAUAUAUAUAUUCAAAGUGCAGGGACGUCUUUUUUUCCCUCCUUUAUUUUUUUUUUAGGGUGGAUGUUGCUUGUUCCAACGGCAUCUAGUUUCUCCUGUUGCUGCUGGAGAGAUAGAUUUCACCUUCCAUGCAUAAGGGCGCCGACGGGAUAUCGGACUACCCAUGUUUCUGUUUAAAGGUUUAGCCCACUGCUGGUAAAAGAGAUAAUGGAGUGAUUGGAUUUUUUUUUAACAACAACAACAAAAAAGCCCACAAUCAACUCCUCAAUUAAAGCAACGCCUGAAACGGAGAAGUCACAGUAAGCCAAAUUCUUGGAUUCCCGAACUUUUGAGGGGUUGUACAGCCAGCUGGGAAGCGGAGCCAGUUACUGCGGUCGAACUUGUGAACGAUCCUCCCACCCGCCCACCGCCUCCUCCGUUCCAAGAUUGCUUCGUGGCCGAUCGAAGGAAAAACACGACGUUGUUAGGCGCCGUCAAGCUCUCUUCUCUCUCCGGUGGAAGAAAAUAACAUCGGAGGAGCGUUUCGCCUUGCAACCCCAGCAAAGAAUUACCAUCCAGCCCUUGGCGAGCGAUCAACGAGAGAGCCGGUUUGGCGAGCGAUCCGCCUCUUUCACCUCCUCCACCCGAGAGCAAGACGGCUGGAAGAGCGAAGCCAGCCUUGUGCCGCCGCCGCCGCGUAAGCCUUUUGGCCGCUGGCCCUCUCAGGGGUCUGGGCUGGGCGCCGCCGAUGCUUUGAGACUCCAGCGCCUCUGGGGCUGCGAAGACCCGCUUCCCGCCGCUUGCUCCCUGCCGGCCGCCCUCGUUCCUUCCCUUGCCGCUGCCUUGGAUCAUGGAUCGAGGACCGAGAGCGACGAGAACGGCCCCUGCUUCCUUGGGCCUGGCCGUCUUCCUGGGCGUCCUGUGCGGGAUUCCCUGGGGCUCCGGCGCCCAAUCUUACCAUGGGGAGAAAGGGAUUUCUGUCCCGGACCACGGCUUCUGUCAGCCCAUUUCGAUCCCUCUCUGCACGGACAUCGCCUACAACCAGACCAUCCUGCCCAACCUCCUGGGGCACACCAACCAAGAAGACGCCGGGCUGGAAGUCCAUCAGUUCUACCCGCUGGUGAAAGUGCAGUGCUCGCCGGAGCUGCGCUUCUUCCUUUGCUCCAUGUACGCUCCCGUCUGCACCGUCUUGGAACAGGCCAUCCCACCCUGCCGAUCCCUGUGCGAGCGGGCCCGCCAGGGCUGCGAGGCCCUGAUGAACAAGUUUGGCUUCCAGUGGCCCGAGCGGCUCCGCUGCGAAAACUUCCCCAUGCACGGCGCAGGUGAGAUCUGCGUGGGGCAGAAUACUUCGGACACUUCGGGAGCGGGCGGAGGGAGCCCCGAAAGUUCCACCGUCUUCCCCACCCCGUAUCUGCCCCAUCCCACUUCUCACCUCCUGCGCCCCACCAACUCUGGCUUCUCCUGCCCACGGCAGCUCAAAGUGCCCCCAUACCUGGGCUACCGCUUUUUGGGUGAGAGGGACUGUGGUGCUCCUUGUGAACCAGAACUCCCCAAUGGACUGAUGUACUUCAAGGAGGCUGAGGUUCACUUUGCCCGUCUGCUGGUAGGCAUCUGGUCAAUCCUGUGCUGUGCCUCCACCCUCUUCACUGUCCUGACCUACCUGGUGGACAUGAGACGCUUCAGCUACCCUGAGCGACCCAUCAUCUUCCUCUCUGGCUGCUAUUUCAUGGUGGCAGUAGCCUAUGUGGCUGGCUUCCUGCUGGAGGACAAAGUGGUCUGUGUGGAAGGUUUCUCAGAAGAUGGCUACCGCACUGUGGUGCAGGGCACCAAGAAAGAAGGGUGCACCAUCCUUUUCAUGAUCCUCUACUUCUUUGGCAUGGCCAGCUCCAUCUGGUGGGUGAUCCUCUCCCUCACCUGGUUCCUUGCUGCUGGCAUGAAGUGGGGCCACGAGGCCAUUGAGGCCAAUUCCCAGUACUUUCACCUGGCUGCCUGGGCCGUGCCUGCCAUCAAGACCAUCACCAUUUUAGCCAUGGGACAGGUCGAUGGGGAUGUGCUCAGUGGAGUCUGUUACGUGGGCAUCUACAGUGUAGACGCAUUGCGGGGCUUUGUCUUGGCCCCACUCUUUGUCUACCUCUUCAUUGGCACCUCCUUCCUCCUGGCUGGCUUUGUGUCCCUCUUCCGUAUACGGACCAUCAUGAAACAUGAUGGCACCAAAACCGAAAAGCUGGAGAAGCUCAUGGUAAGGAUUGGCAUUUUUAGCGUCCUCUACACAGUGCCUGCCACCAUUGUCUUGGCUUGCUACUUCUAUGAGCAGGCCUUCCGGGACAUGUGGGAGAAAACCUGGCUCCUGCAGAACUGCAAAAGCUAUGCCAUUGCUUGCCCCACCAAUGUUGCCCCAAUGAGCCCUGACUUCACUGUCUUUUUGAUCAAGUAUCUCAUGACCAUGAUUGUGGGCAUCACAACUGGCUUCUGGAUUUGGACUGGCAAAACUCUCCAAUCUUGGAGGCGCUUUUACCACAGACUCAGCACAGGAAGCAAAGGGGAGACUGCUGUAUGAGGCUCCCUUGGCUUCUUCUCCCCUUGUAUUGCAAGGAACAGGGGCUUGGGCCAUUGUUCCUUCAGACUACCUUUGCUUCUCACCAAGAGACCCUCCAUCUCUAGACUGUGCUUUGGGGCAGUAAAUAUCCUCUGAGAAUUUGCUUAUUCCCUCAUCCUGCCUGGCCUUCUCACUUUCUAAAUGGCUCUACAGUAUCUGUUUAGAGUAUCUGGCAUAGUGCCAAGAAUGGAAGUUUGGGACAAAGAGAGAGAACAGCAAGCUAGCUUUUUUUACCGUGUGAUAGGGUGCCAAAUCAGACCCCCCUCCCCCAACUCAGAAUCUUACUUUACAGUCUUUCUAAAGUUAUCCAGGAAAGCUCUGAGAAAGGAGAAAGUGUGUGUGUGUGUGUGUGUGUGUGUGUGUGUGUGUGUGUGUGUGUGUGUGUGUGUGUGUGUGCGCGCGUGUGCAUGCGCCCGUGUGCCUGUGUGCAUGUUCAUUCCUUUUAAAAAGAAAUUGCCAAAUAAGUCCUACUGGGGGUUCCUCCAUAUUGUAGCAGUGCAGUCCACUGCAAACCGACUUGGAAGUUUAAAACUCAAACGGAUUCAAUGGGACUGACUCCCAAGUAAAGGCAUGAUGGUUUCCAGCUAUGCAAACCUGCCUUGGGAGCAAGUUACCUCACACUUAGUUGAGCUUAACUUCUGAAUCCUCAUUGCAUGGGCGGCUUGGCCAGGCUGUAAGGAGAAUUCUGCAUUCCUGUUUUCAAACUUUUCUUCCUGGCUGAUUUGGGCUUUGGCAAAAGAGUCUUGCUGAGAUUUUAGGGAGGAGCAAUGGGGGGGGAGGAAAGAAAUGGGUCUGAAAAAGAAGUGACAUGUUGAUUUUUGAUAGAAUGGCUUUAACUCUCUCGUCUUUUGUUAGAGGAGACAAAAGAGAAACAAAAGUGGGUUUCUCUGCAGCAAAGCGUAAGCAGGGGUUUGGUUUUUAUGGGGAGACUAACAAAGAAUUUGUUGAGGUUCAGCUAGAGCUUCGAGUCAUGCAGCUCUUUAUUUUCCUUUUGUGAACACAAGGGAGGAAAGGGUUUUCAGGAAACCCGAUGUAACUGGAGAAAAGCUAAGGUUGCCUCUCCUCCACCCCACCCCCACCUCUCUUUUUUUCAGAACAA